AUGGAUUUUGAAUCUUCUUCAAAAUUUAUAUCAUCCUUGGCCAAGUUCCUUCAGUCACUGUGCAAUGGUUAUGUCGAAUUCAACAAUGGAGUUGAAGUCAUUGGGCAUAUAUACCUCAACGUAGACACCGGCAAGAAAAUAGACUACAUACUUAAUGAAAAAGUUUGUAAAACAGACGAGAAUUCCGUCACAUUCAUUAGUAAUAGUUUUCAUGCUCAGCCAGCCGAGAAACCGAAGCCUCCGGCUAAGACCGGGCAGAUCUCUGACCCCAUUAAACCUGCAGACAUUGAUGUAAAAACAGACGAGGAUGUAAUUAUCAUGGAGCAAGCAGAGAGCCAAAAUAUGGGCACAGUUGCAUCGAGAGACAGUUUCCAGCAUGUAAAUACAGGUUCACUUGGAAAACCUAACCGUCCUACAAAGCGUCCUUUUGGUAUCAGUUUUUCUUCCAGCCACAGACAUUCUGCCAAACAAAGCAGACCUGAUCACUCUUCAGGGUCUAAUGGUGCUCCACUGGAUACAGACUCGUUACAUUCUGAAAAUUCAUCAUCAAACUUUUUACCACCUCAGCUUACAGGUGAUGGUACAAUAACAGCAGCAACAGAGUCAGACAUAUCUCACCUGUCUAAAGUCUUUCCACAAACGUUUAAUAGUCCUGUAAAUAGUCUGGGUGCUACAGAAGACAGAGAUGUUAAACCUCAGUUAGAUAAUGACUUAAAAGUGAUUCAGGUGAAGCAGGAAUAUGAUCCGUCAGGGCAUGGCGGGGAGGAGGAUUCGGAAAUUUUUGAUGACUCACAAGACCAUAGUAAUGCAUUUCCUGGCAUGCCAUAUGAUCAGUAUUAUGGUGAAGGCAGCAAAAGGGGUCAGAGAUCAGACUAUAGCCAGGUGGGAGGUGUGGUUCAGGGAGAAUUCUUUCCAGGCGGAUCAUCGCUGGACGCUUCAGGAGGCGAUUCAUCAGAGGGAGCAAGAUAUGCCUUCCACAUAAGAUCAGAAAAUCGGAGACUGACAGGGGAUAUGUCCUCUUUCCCAGCACUAAACAGAGAUGCACAUGUACUUUCCUCUCCUAGCCAUGAGAAAGCAUUGCACCAUACUUGCUGGUGCUAUUAUUGUGAUAAAGGCUUUGAUUCUGAACUCCUCUUGGUCGAGCAUCUGAGUGUGCACACCACAAAGAAACCGUUCCGUUGUGAAAAAUGUUCGCUGUCCUUCAUGCACCGCUCCACACUCAAAAGACACCAGAAUGUAUGUGGUGGCAGUUAUACAUUGAAGAAACAUGUGUGUCCGUUUUGUGAGCGUAGUUUUACAUACAGACAUGAUUUAAGAAGACACUGCAAAAACAUUCACAUAUCAGAGCCACUGUCAUAA